AUGCUCCUCCGGGACCUGGUGCUGCGCCGUGGCUGCUGCUGGUCCUCGCUGCUCCUGCACUGCGCGCUCCACCCGCUCUGGGGCUUCGUGCAGGUGACCCACGGUGAGCCCCAGAAGUCCUGCUCCAAGGUGACCGACAGCUGCCAACACAUCUGCCAGUGCCGGCCCCCUCCCCCACUACCCCCACCACCCCCACCCCCGCCACCUCCUAGACUCCUCUCGGCCCCAGCCCCCAACUCUACCUCAUGCCCCACUGAGGAAAGCUGGUGGUCGGGGCUGGUGAUCGUCAUUGCCGUAUGUUGUGCCUCCCUGGUGUUCCUGACUGUGCUCGUCAUCAUUUGCUACAAAGCCAUAAAACGGAAACCACUGCGAAAAGAUGAAAAUGGCACCAGUGUUGCUGAGUACCCUAUGAGCUCCUCACAGAGCAACAAAGGGGUGGAUGUGAACAACGCAGUGGUGUGA